CCGGGCCUCACCGGCUCCCGCGGGGGGGCGGGCAGGGGACGGGACCCUCGGGGGCCACGCGGGGCUGCCAUGGGCCCGGGGCUUGGUGUCCGUCUGCGGCCCGGCCCGGGGCGCACCGGGGCCGGGAGGAACGUGGGGCAGUCCCGUGUCCCUCCCUACCCGCCGCGGUGCCGUCCGUGUGCCCCGCGCCGUGUCGGUGUCGUCGUCCCCCCGCGGCCGCGUCCCUCCGUUCCCUUCCCGUCCCGUCGGGGCGGCUGUGUCCGCCAGGGGGCGCGUGGUGCGGCCGAGGUGCAUGAUGGGAGUUGUAGUCCGGCGCGGCGCGGUGGGGACUCCCGCUCCCGGCCUGCACCGCGCGGCGCCUGCGCAGAGGGUGCGGCGCGGCGCGGCAUGGCGGCCUAGAGCGGGGGCAUGUCGGUGCUGCGGCUGCGGGCGGCGCUGCUGGGCCCGGCCCGGCUGCGGGGCGCCGGGAUCCCAUGGAGUGUUCUCAGGAGCUACUCCUCUGCCAGCGCCAAGGAGAAGGCGAGGAGAAAUGGUGUCUGCGAGAGGACGGAGCUGCUGGAAGUGCUGAAAGCUCGAGUGAAGCAGCUCCAAGCCAGUAAUGUCCCGGAGGUGACAGUCAACAAAGUGGAGCUGGCCCCGCUGGGGAAUGACAAGUACCAGCACCCGCUGCAGAAAGUGGUGGCUCCUGGCCCCGCGGAGGAGCAGCCUGCUCCCAGGGCAAGGGGAGAGAGCCCGGCCCGGCCCAGCAGCUGGGUCGAGAAGUUGAAGAAGGAGAUGUACAUCCGGCAGCUGAAGGUGGAGCGGAAAUUAUCCAUCGCUGCCUCCCAGCUGGCUCUGGAGGGACAGAUCAAGGCCAAGCCAAAGGGCAAGGUGAAGGCAAAAGCUAAAGCCAAAGCCAAGAAAAGCCUGAAGACGCCAAAGGCUAAAGUGGCCGCUGCCUGGAGCAAGAGCCACGAUGGCUCCCACCGUGUCUCUGCCCACGGCAAGCCCAGGGUGGUGGCAGUGAAGGAGGGUGCGAAGGCACAGAGGCCUCGGACGGUGUUGGAGGACAAGGACAGCAGCCAGCACAAGAUCCUGCAGCAGACCAUCCAGUCCAACCUCGAAUGCUUCCUCUUCUUGCAGCAGCCAGAGGAGGCUGAGAGGUUCCUUCUCUUGUACCACGGCUCCCCUGUGAAGAGAAGGCUUUUGAACGUCAAUGCGUACAACAUCGUGAUGCGUAGCUGGGCAAGAAAGGGCCGCUUGCAACGUAUCAACCGGCUCUUUUCCAUGCUGGAGUCUGUCGGCCUCCGGCCCAGCCUGGACUCUUACGCAGCAGCACUGGAGUGUAUGGGCCGGAUCCAGUCGUCCACCAAAAGCAUCUGGAGAUGUGUGCAGCAGAUGAAGAACGAUGGCUUCCACGUGGAUGAGCUUUUCCAAAAGUGCCUGUUUGAGGAAGAUGAGAAGGAGGAGGUGCUGAGGGCCAUCAGGACUAUCCAGCCCAACUACCAGCUGCCCCCUCCACCCAACCCCCAGACCUGCAAGUCUUCUCUGCUCCCGGACUUCUACUCCAAAGAGAAGAUGAUGUCGUACCCCAAGCUGGAUUUCUCCAUGCAGGAGUUGCAGGAGCGCUUUCAGCAGCAGCUGGAGAUGGAGCUGGAUAACACCGUAACCAUCGAGUCAGUGGAGGCCACCAAACCUUUGACCCCACAAGCCCUUAAAGCGCGCAAACUACUGGACACCCUUCGUUCCCGCUGGCACGAUUCCAUCCUCCAGGCCCUGCAGAAGUCGAAGCACAGCAUGUCCAAGCUCAAGACGGCAUCGGGGUACAACAUUCUCUAUCCUUACCUGUGCCUGAUGCCGGAUGAGGAGUACGUGGGCAUCAUGCUGCAGAUCCUCAACACCCUCUCUCCACAAGGAGAAUCCCUGGCUGUCUUGGCCAGGGAGCUGGGCUCCAAAGUCUACAACAGAUACAUCACCCAGAGGAAGCUGCGCAGCGGCCAGCUGGAGAAGGUGCAGGAGGUCUAUAAGAACUACAUCCACCUGCUGGCAAAGGACAGCCAGCCUGACAAGUACUUGCCACGGGAAUAUUGGGAGAAACUGGUGGCAGAAGCCGGCUUUGGGCCUUCCCUGAACUUGAAGGACUGCAGCUGGCCGUACAUGCUCAUCAUGCGCCUGGGCAUGCACAUGCUGGAACUCCUGGUGAAGGCUGUCAAGGUGCCCAGGAACAUCCUCAAUCCCCGCCUGGAGCCCAAGCUUAUCCCCGUCCUCUACCACAUCUACUCCUUCCGCAGCAGCUGGCAGGUUGGGCUGAUAAAGCCCCAUCCCAUUUUCUCCCAGAUUGUGUCAGAUGCUGCGGAGACCUUGCUGACCUUUAACUCCUCCGCCAUACCUAUGCUGUGCCCCCCGGUGCCCUGGACCUCUCCCCAUUUUGGUGCCUUUGUCCUGAAUGACACCAAGUUGAUGCGCUUUGUGGAUGGGGCCAUCCAACACCAGCUGCUCCUGGAGCAGUGCCCUCCGGUGAACCUCCACCCCGUGCUGGAUGCCCUGAACCAGCUGGGCAACUGCGCCUGGAAAAUUAACCAGCCAGUGCUGGAUAUCAUCAUAUCCAUCUUCAAUGAUAAAGGCAAUGAGAAGCUGGACAUCCCACCACCCAUCUCGGAGGCCCCCAGGCCUCCUGCCCCUUCCGGCAAUUCCUCUACCUGCAACAAGUCCCAGAAGCACGAGUUGUUGUUGUGCAAGAAGAAGGCAGCUGAAAUGCACAGCUUGCGCAUGGAUGCACUCUAUAAGCUCUCCAUCGCCAACUAUGUCAGGGACAAAGUGUUCUGGUUUCCUCACAACAUGGACUUCCGAGGCAGGACUUACCCUUGCCCACCUUAUUUCAACCACCUCGGUAACGAUGUCACGCGGGCCAUCCUGCUCUUCGCAGAGGGGAGGCCACUGGGGCCCAAGGGCCUCGACUGGCUGAAGAUCCACCUCAUUAACCUCACGGGGCUGAAGAAGAAGAACGCUUUGCAGGAGCGGCUGGAGUAUGCCAAUGAAAUCAUGGAGGAGAUCCUGGACUCAGCCGACCACCCGCUGACGGGCAGGAAGUGGUGGAUGAACACCGAUGAGCCCUGGCAAGCCUUGGCGUGCUGUAUGGAAAUCGCCAAAGCCUCGCGGUCCCCGGAUCCGGCAGCCUACAUCUCACACUUCCCGGUUCACCAGGACGGCUCUUGCAAUGGUCUGCAGCACUACGCAGCUCUUGGCCGGGACCUUAUUGGCGCCAUCUCCGUCAAUCUGAUGCCCUGCAAUGUCCCCCAGGAUGUCUACAGCGUGGUGGCUCAGCAGGUGGAGGAGUUUCGGAAGAAGGAUGCUCAACAGGGAGUGAAGAUCGCCCAGGUGCUGCAAGGCUUCAUCAGCCGCAAAGUGGUGAAGCAGACGGUGAUGACGGUGGUGUACGGUGUCACGCGCUACGGCGGGCGGCUGCAGAUGGAGAAGCGUCUCAAGGAGAUCGAUGAGUUCCCUGAGGAAUACUUGUGGGAAGCAUCUCACUACCUCGUAAAGCAGGUGUUCAAUGGCAUCAAGGAGAUGUUCUCAGCGACUCGAGAUAUCCAGAACUGGCUGACGGAGAGUGCCAAGCUCAUUGCCCAGUCGGGACGGACGGUAGAGUGGGUCACGCCGCUGGGUCUCCCCAUCGUGCAGCCCUACUAUCGGACCAGGUCCACUGUGCUGAAUUGCGGCAUGCAGAACUUGAGCGUGAAAAACUCCAAUGGCAACCAGAAACCCGAUACAGUGAAGCAGAAGAACGCCUUCCCACCCAACUUCAUCCACUCCCUGGACUCCACGCACAUGAUGCUCACGGCGCUGCACUGCCUCAGGCAGGGUCUGACCUUCGUCUCGGUCCAUGAUUGCUACUGGACUCACGCGCUCACCGUGGACGUCAUGAACCAGAUCUGUCGGCAGCAAUUUGUGGCUCUGCACAGCGAGAAGAUCCUACAGGAUCUGUCCGAGUUCAUGCUGGAGAAGUACUGCAGCCCCGGCAGAGAGCCUAGAGCCCUCUGGCAGAAGAAACUGAUGGAGCAGCUGUCAAGUGUCCCCAAGACAGGCGAAUUCAACCUGAAGGAGGUGAUGGAUUCCACCUAUUUCUUCAGCUGAGCCCCAGCAGCCAGCGGGGCCCUGGACUACCUCUGGACUGCCGCUCGCCUCGGGGGCCGUGGUAGGCACUGACCCACGAGGCUCCUCUGUCCUGCGUCUCGUGGGGAAAGCAGGUACAGCAGAAGAUACCUGCCCAACACCCAGCUGCUGGGCCAAACUGGGGCUCCUCCAGGAGCUCAGGGGCAGCCACGAGGGGCCGGUGGGGGACAGGGUGUCUGCGCUGUUUGCUGUUCCUGCCUGCGCCCCAGGUGAGGGCAGAGGGCAUCGAGCUCUGGGGAGGGCUGCAUUCCUCUGGUGUGGGGUGGAAGGGGCGAUGGUAGACGGGGCUGGCUCCCCUCCACCCUCGCCCCGGCACAGGAGAUGUGCCUGCCACCGCUGCCAGCUCCAGAGCUUGCCUGGCCAGGGCCUGUCCUAGGCUGCCGGCCCUCUCCAUCCCUCUCCACCAGUGGGGCUCAGACCUCCCGGAGCGUUAGGUCCCUGCCUGGAGGGGCAGGGAGCCCCCCAUGGCCCCAGCUCUCGGCUGUGGGGCAGGUGCUGCUCUCCAUGCCCCGCUCCAGCUCCCGGGCGCUGUCACCACAGCCUCUGCGGCUCCUGACUCUUCAUUUCCAGGGCUUGGUUUCAGUUCCGUUCACUGGUUCUCAGGCAAGGAAAACCACUAACAGGGGGGUGGAGGUGUACGAUACUGUAAAUAAAAUGGUUUUUUUUGAAA